AUGAAGUGGACCUCGUUCAUUGCGGCCUUUCUCGCGCGGCACGAAUGCGCCAUCGAUGAGCUCCAUCGUCUGUUACCCUCUGCGACCACGCUCUUGGAGGUUGUGGACAGUCUACUGGUGCGCUACGUCUGCUGCACGCUGGUCCUCCUCGGCAGCGUCUACGUUGUGAGCACCCGACUACCCCUUCUCACGUACGCUGCAGCCUUUUAUAUGAGCGUCUCGGGUCUUGCCUUGGCCCACGCGCUGGAAAUGCCCGGGCAGUACGAAGUCGUUUUGGCGCCGCUCGUGGCCGCAGUCGCCGGCUCCCACCCACGUCUCACCCGCCUUGGGUCGGUCCUGCUCUGGAGCGCCACCAUGUGGACCCAGCUCUACGCGUCGACAUUGCCGGCGCUGAUGAAAGAUGCAGUCGCAGAAGCACACAGUCUCUUCGUCAUGCCCUCGCUCUUCCGUGGUGAAUUUACAGAUAUCCUUUUGAGCUUCGCAGGGCCCGGCAUGCUCUUCUUCCUCUGUAUCUGUCUCAUUGUUCUGUGA